UGACAGCAGUCAGGUUGCCUCCAGGUGAAAACUUUGUGGUUUUUGAUAAUAUAAAAAUUCGCUAUAUUUCUACCUAUUUAAAAAAUCCCAGUAUGAAUGUUUUGAUACUAAUUCCAAAAAAUCGGUGUAAAUUUAGUGUACAUUAUCUGACAUUUCGCGAGAUAAUGUCAUAACAGUUCGGACGAAAUUCGAAUAAAAGUUGAAUAAAUCUUAAAACAUGGAUUUUGCAAAUCUGUUGCAUGAUAAAUUAAGAUUAGGAAAGUACACAGAAGCCAUUACGUUACUACAAAAUGAAAAAUUUGAAACGCAGCUGAAUGAGAACUGCAUGGAUAUUGUGUCAACAUUAGUUGCUAAUUUAAAUGGAGAAACUUUUCAAAAUAACAAUAAAUUAUUCACAUUAAGUGAGAACCUACUGAAGUUUGUUGCGAACAAAUGCAACCCGCAAGAAGUUCUUCUUGUUAUACUUGAACAAAUGGAGCUAAACAAAAAUGAUGAAGUUUUCACCAGCCUAUUAAAAGUGUUACAAGUAAUUUUAAUGAGACUCAAGGAAAGCAAAGUCAAAUCUUUAGAAUGGAGUCUGGACACGUUGCUAUUAUAUAUAAAUAAUAUUGAGCUACCAAGCUUUAUGAGCAGCAUCGAGGAAACGGAAGAAAAAUUGAUAGAAUCUGAUGAAACAGUACAGCGUAUAUUGCAGCUUUAUAUGACAAUUUCACUAUUUUUGGAUCCCAUUGUUAAGGAGUUGGGAGCAAUUCCUCGAAAUAUAUUUCAUAACACAGAAAUUACAAAACACAACGUUAUCAUCUGUUUUAUACUUCAGCUUAUGGGAAAACCGCUUAUAUUUUUAAACUCCCAACAAGCAGAUACUGCAGAUAUUGAAAAUUCGGGUCGCGUUAAAACAUAUACACGUCAAGUAGUCGAAGAUCUUGUUUCAUUGUUGUCGAAAAUACUUGGUGAUUCUUUUUUUCUUUUACGGUACGGUGAGCAAAGAAUUCGUUGGCCUAAAAAAAAUACUUCAAAUAUGAAUAACGUGUUUGAAGAGACAUCGUUAGAUAUUUUUAUGAAUGAAAAAAAGUGUCCCUUACUAUCACUGGCAAUGCUAUGCUAUUUGGUAAUAGGAGAAAAAUGCCCUCCAGAGAUUCCAAAAGUUUAUUCACCUAACUAUGUUUUUGAGGUAUGCUUAUAUUUUUGCACUCAGUUCCUGAAACAUGAAAAACCUGUCGUGCAUUAUAAAGGAAUUAUUAUAGUGAAAAAAUUGCUCGGGACUGUUCUGUUGACAGCGGAUGAUUUAGAUUUGAAAGUUCACCAAAAUUUUUGUACAGAUUUAGCACAGCUAAUUGUGUAUUCAGACAUUGAACGGAAUCGAAAACAUGGAGUAUUUUUACUGCGAGAUUACAUACAUCGAUUUGACAACAAGGGUAGAUAUAUGUUAAUAGCGAAUCUUCUCAAAACUAUAAAGCACGAUGGACUGCAUUCUUUUGUUUCAACGAUUUAUAAGGAUUUAAUGCACCAGGAACUCAUGUCAGACGCUACACCCAGCUGCUGGUAUACGGGUAAACUUUUAAAACGAUUGAUAAUGAAAGAAAUAUGCUUACUUAAGAAUGGAGUCGAAACGGAUUUGAUGGAAAAUUCAGAUAAUAUUACAACCGGAUUAAAUAUUUUGCGCUAUCUUUUAAUCAUGGAUAAGUUAAAUCGAACCUCCAUAUGGACUUAUGUUGCAGAAAUUGAAACAGAGUUUUUGGAACCUUUAAGAAAAGCUAUCGAUAUAAGCAGAGCGCAUUUCAAGCAAGAACUGCUUGCUGUGGCGCACAAUGAUGAACCAAAAAAUAAUUAUGGUAUUGUAACUAUCCGAAAUAUUAACGGAGACAAAUUACCAGAACUGAAGCGACACAAAAAACAGGAAAUAUUAACAAAGGCAAUGAAUAUUUUCGAUUUAAUGGAUAGUUUGCUAGCUAGAGUUUUAGAGUGCAUGGGAGUAACUCAAACCACACAUUCCUUGAAAAGUAUAUAAUAGAAAGAUAAUAUGGAAAUAAAUACUUCUCCAUGUGAUUUCA